AACUCUUCUUCUCUUCUCUACCGUGGACUUUCUCUUCAAACCCAGAAAACCAUUCUGUGCUCCGAAAUGGAGGUUCAUACUCAGAGCCUCUCGGGUUUCGCCACCCUCCAGUCAAAGCCUCCAUCUCCAUUCUCCUACUCCCCCAACGGCGUCCUCCACUCCCGCGACUUCCCCACCUCCGAGUUGUCCCCCAAAUGCGAGGCCGUGAGUCCCAAGGCGAGUGAGGCGGACGCGCUUGGGGGAGAAGGGUCCGAGUCCAAAGCGGCCGUGAAGCUCCAGAAGGUCUACAGGAGUUACCGCACCCGGCGCAGGCUGGCUGACUCUGCCGUCGUCGCUGAAGAGCUGUGGUGGCAAGCGAUAGACUAUGCGAGACUGAAUCACAGCACCAUUUCUUUCUUUAAUUUCUUGAAGCCCGAGUCUGUGGCUUCACGCUGGAAGCGUUUUAGCUUGAAUGCCUCUAAGGUGGGAAAGGGGUUGUCUAAAGAUGCCAAAGCACAACAACUGGCUUUUCAGCACUGGAUUGAAGCUAUUGAUCCAAGACACAGGUAUGGGCAUAGCUUGCAUGUGUAUUAUGAAGAAUGGUGUAAAGCAGAUGCUGGUCAGCCAUUUUUUUACUGGUUGGAUGUAGGAGAAGGUAAAGAGCUUGAUCUCAAGAAGUGCCCAAGAUCAGAGCUUCGACAACAAUGCAUUAGAUAUCUUGGACCUCACGAGAGAAUACAUUACGAGUAUGUUGUUGCUGAUGGGCAAAUUAUUCACUCACAAACUGGAGAGCUACUGGAUACAAAUGAGGGAUCGAAAGCCAAGUGGAUCUUUGUUAUGAGCACCACUAAGAAACUCUAUGCUGGUGAAAAAAAGAAAGGAGUUUUCCAUCAUUCUAGCUUCUUGGCUGGAGGAGUGACAAUAGCUGCCGGAAGGCUAGCGGUAGAGCAUGGAAUUCUGAAGUCAAUUUCUGCAUAUAGUGGACAUUAUCGACCCACUGAUGACCGUCUUGAUAGCUUCUUAUCAUUUCUCAAGGAAAAUGGCGUGAACCUUGAUGAAGUUGAGAUACGCAAGGCAAAUGAAGAUUCAGAAAAGUAUGAUGGCAAGUCUAAUAAAGGUGGGACUACAUUUAAAUUUCCAACCAACUCUGAAGCUCCUACUGAACCUGAGAUACCAGAAGAAGCGGAAAACACCCAAGUCUUGGAAUCCACUGAUGGUCCCGAGACCAAAGCUAAUUACCAAAGAACUUUAUCUGGCGGUCUUCAGAGUCCAAGAGCUGAAGUACCUCAGAACAAGAUACUGCAGAGGAUCAACUCCAAGAAGCAAGCCAAAUCAUACCAACUUGGGCAUCAACUAUCCCUCAAGUGGUCAACGGGAGCUGGACCAAGAAUUGGUUGUGUUGCUGAUUAUCCAGUAGAACUGAGAAUGCAGGCUUUGGAGUUUGUCAAUCUAUCUCCAAGAUCACCCCCAACACCAUCCUACAGGAGGUUUGCUGGUCUCGCUUCGCCUACAUCUGGCCUCACAUCACCUACAUCCAUUUCCACCUCAGAUAUCAACCAUGGUGAUUUGACCUCUGGUGAUUGAACAUAUGAUCACUUAGUUUUAUACACUUUGCCUAAUGGAUGUUUUAGCGAAUGUGGAAUAAUCAUGUAUCUGAUCAGUUUCCUGUCAACUUUUAGAGUGGUAUUUCCUUAUCUUAGUUAUAUCUUGUCGUCAAUAUCAUGUUUCAUGGUCACUACUGGUUCUGGUUCUGUUUGAUCCACUAUGAUAUCAAAAGUCAGCC